UGUGCUCGCACGCGCCAAGCAGCCGCGCCGACGCCCCCACUCAUGCCGUCGUCGCACACGAUUUACAUCUGUCUGCCAAGUCACCUCGUCUCCUUGAAUCGAAGAGGAAACGCGAGAACGGUUCUGCAGGGUCGGUCUGUGGCUGUCGACCGCUGAAGCAUCGCGAGAUGUUGCCGGUAGAAGUUCGAGAACACGAGCGCAGAAGAAGAGGGGGGUGAGCACAGUCAGUCUGGGAGUGUGCAGGGCGACAGCUACACUGUUUCGCAAGCAGAAAAGCUGCUGUUGGCGUUUCUGCUUUUCUCACGCGACUGAGUGCUUGAAGGAGAGCAAGUCUGGUCGAAAAAACCGCUUGUCCUAACCUUCUCGUUCGUCCACGGGGUCAUGUAUCCCGCACCGUGCCUCCUCCGACAUGAAUCUUGAGCCAAGCGUCGCGGCAAGAACAAAAACCGGUCGGUGUUUCUGCGUCCACUGCGGGUUUAAAGUCCUGGCGUCCCCGUCCCUCACGCUUUUCCCCGACUCUCUGCUUCUCGGCGCUGUUGCCUUGCUGCUUUUCCUUCUUUUCCGCUGGCAACCGCGUGGUGCAGCGCCGGCCCUGUUUUCCCAGGCUUCCUUCCGAGAGCCUGCUGUGCUUCUGCACCCUCUCCGUCGCGUCUGCGAACUUCGUCUCUGCUGUCUGCCUUCUCUUUCCUCGAAAGGCAGUCUCUGAAUCCUUUCGCUGGACACCAACCUUUUUCGCAUCGGUUCGCGCGCGCGCGGCGGCCGAGUGUGUGCCUCCCUCGAUUUUUACGCGUGUCAGUUGCUCUCCGAAAGCGAAAAGUCCCAGCAGCCGGCGGGUGCGGGUGUGUACGGUUGGUCUGGCGGCGUUCCGCGGCCUCCCGGCGAGGACGAUGACGUAAGAGUCGUCUUCAGGUUAUAGAAUGUCGGAAAGCGGGGGUCUGCCCCGUCCUUUUUCCCCGCGUCCUCCUGCGUCAACCCCAGAGAACAGAAACAACGCAACUGUGGCGUUUUUCCGCCCGCUGUGUUCCCCUCGAGUCCAGCCAGCGCGCUGGUGAGAAGAAGCCUUCCCGCCGCGCUCGCGCUGGAAGAGAGAAGCAGAACGGACCGCGGCGGACCCUCAUGGCGGACAGCAAGGACGCCUUUGAACGCGGCAGAGGAACACUGCUCGCAGCAGUUCCCUCUGCCGAAGAUGCAAGUGCGACAGAAGAGAGCUCCGGAAAAGCCGCGGAGUCCGACCCCCCCCGAAGGACUCCGGCCUCUUCAGAGACGUCUACCACACCGAGUCGUGAAGUCUCUUCCGCGUCGCCAACUCCUGUUCGAGUCCGAGAAGCAGAGACAGACCAGCAGGAGAGACAGACGCAGAAAGGAGGAGACGCGGAACACCACAGGCAGGAAGGCCGUUGGACGCGCGACGCGGAGACUGGCGCCCCGGACGGCGCCUGCAGAGCUGCUGCUCCGCCGGAAAGCGCGGAUCACCGAGAAAGGACGGCUCCGCAGAAUGAGGCGUUCAGUGUGGAGGAACUCGCCAGGAGCGUGACUCUGCGGGAGAGAGAAGUCAACGAGAGAGACGGUCCAGGAGGAGGAUGGGUGUCGCGCUGCUCUGGCCUGGACAGCCCAGCAAUCAAAGGCGAGGACAGAGAGAACUCGAGAGCGGAGACGCCUUCGGAGGAGACCGACGGACCGCUGCAGAGAGGCGGCUCGCGGAAACUCGCAAGAGAGAUGGCGGCGGCCAAGCAGGUCUCCAGCAGACACCGUGUGGGCGACCUGGAGGACGACGACGACGCUCCCGACGUCUUCAUGCCAGCUACUUCGUCUGUCGCUCGUCGCCGCCAAGGCUGGCCUUCGCGUCUUUCGCUGCAAGAAAAACUGCGGUGUCUCUUAGCAGCUGCGGGAGGGAGGUUUCGACAGGGUCUCUCCUUCACAGAGCCGCGUCUGGCGCCGUCGGGAGGCGGGGAAGACGCAGGUACGCAGCGCGAGAAACGCCCUGCGCAUGCGUCCUCGCCUUCGGUGCUGAGCCGCGAGACAAUCGCGAAGACAAAGGAGGAGAAGGAGGAGACGCGCCGCCGCAGAGUCGACGAGACCAGUUUGGGGAGGAAGGCAGAGACGCCGAGUCCUACCGACAGGCCUGUCCAAAGCGCGUCGGGGAGACAGCUGAUGUCGGCGAGUCCCGGGGCGCGACGACGAGGUGGAGCCGAAGAAGAAACGAGAGAGCAGUCCGUCUUGGGCGACGGAAAUGAUGGAGAAGGAGGAGCCGCUGGAGCUCGAGACAACAGCGAGAAGCAGGAGGCGGGUCGUCCUCGGGGUGCGUCUGCAGACGCCCUGGCUGUGCGGAGUGGCCAUGAGGCAUGUGAAGAAGACGCGUUCUUUUCUCUCGAGGACUGCUUCGACGAAGAUCACAGCGUUUCCCUCUCCGCAGUCAGGAGGGAUGCAGAGCGCCUCGCCAAGUACCAAGAAGCUCUGGAGAAAAUUCUUGUCUAUCCGCAAGGCGCGGGUGUAGGCGACGCGCGUUCGCCGCAUGCAGCGUGUCUGCCGGAGCUGACGACUCUGGCAAAUCUUCGUCGAUAUCAGGAGAGAAAAGAGUUGUCUUUCUCCAGUGACGAGUCUGCUUCUCUUCCCUCCCCGUCCUGCGAACUCCUCGCGGACGUCCAGAAGUCGAGGAAACAGUCACCUUCUUCUUUGUCUUCUCCUCCUGCUCCGUGUGCCUCGGAUCCUCCGCCUUCCGCGCUCUGCUCUUCCGCCUCCGAGUCGCCACCAGUCUGUUCGGUGGAGACUGUCUCCGUCGCUGUCCCCUCGGAGACAGGGGUGUCUGCGGUGUGGGGUGCCGCGGAAGGGCGCGUGGAGGCCCUGCGGGGUCGGCUGGCGUCUCGUCUCGAGGACUUGCACAGGAAGAAAGUGCCUCUCUCGCAUGCAUUGGUGUUCUCCGAGGACCCUGUCCUCCGCCUGGCUCUGAGCUUGGCGUCGCUCGACAUGCGAAACGUCCACGUCGUCGUGAUCAAUCCGGAAGCAGCGGAGCACGCGCAGCGGCUGGCGGCGACGUUCUCGGUGGACUCGCACAUCGAAGUCUUUUCCGGUGUCGAGUCGCUCUUCGCGCAUUGGGUUGCGCUGAAAGAAAAAUGUUUCUCUUUCUACUUAUCCACCUCAGACUUCCUCAAACAAGAUUCCCCACGGAACACAUCUCCGCAAGCUGGGCAUUCGAAUUCUCUCCCUUCUUCCUCUUCUUCGUCUUCUUCCUCUUCUUCGUCUUCUUCCUCUUCUUCCUCUUCUUUGUCUUCUUCCUCUUCUUCUCUCUCUGCUUCUUUCUCGCCUUCUGUCGGGCUGUCAGGCCGUAGCGGAGCUCGUCGCGAGGCCUUCCUGGGUGGAUCUGGGGGGACAAGUUUCUCUCUGGAGGCUGCAGGCGAGGUGCCGAACGAGGAGGAAAGCGUACACACCGGGCGGUUCGACGAGAGACACGAGAAACAAGAAGUCUCCGGAGAGACGAAGGGCUCUCUGCUGCCUCACAGAGACGAGGAAAGUGCCGAGAAAGCCGCGGCAGAGAGAUGGUGUGCCUGGGCUAUGCGGCGGCUCGUCGAGGAAUUCUGGGUGUACGUACACCUGCACAAGUACCGCGUUGUGAUCAUCGACGACGGCAGCCACGUAGGCCAUCUGGCGUCAGCGAAAGGCGUGGAUUUGCUCAGUUCCUUCGUCAAAAAUAACUCUUGUCCGUCGUGUACGGCCAUUCUCCCGCGUCGCGUGCGAACCUGGGUGACUCUGUCGAGUUUUCCGCCGCCUCACCUGCUUCUCUCUGCGGCGACUCCUGUCUCCUGCGCCCCUGCGCGCGCAGCCAGUCCGGCAUGCCGGGCGUCUCCAGAAUCCGCGACGGAGACGCCUGCGGUCGACGCGCGUUCCCGUCACGAGGCGAGCAAGUCGUGGACUAAGCGGAAGGCCGCGGAGAGGUCUAGGAAGGAGGAAACGCCCGUCGUCGCCUCGGUGUCUUCCUCUACGAGGAGCGGCUUGGCUGCUCACGCUGCGCUGUUUUUUUCGCCGCAACGCAGACUUCUCUUCUCACCUCUUCUCUCGGCUGAGGUUCUGUCGCUCUCCAACACAUGGGGCGUUUCCGAAAGCCUUCGCCUGCGACAUGCAGUGGGGCGUAGGGUGCUGCGAAAGCAAACGAAGGAAGCAACGGACAGGGAAGAGUCCGUCGACGCAAGGAGAAGCUGCGAAGGUGGAGAGCCUCGUGUCCUCGAGAAGUCGGAGCAAGGUGAACUCGCUGAACUCGCACUGCGCGCGUCGCCUCGCACCUCCUUUCUCUCUCCGACUUCGGCUGCGGAUCCGCGAGGCGCAAGCGAAACUGGUUUGCGCGGGCGACAGCGAAGGACCUUCGACAGGGGUGGCGAGAGAGAGAAGAGCGGAGACACAUCCGGAGAAGAAGGCGAAGACCUCGUCUACCACGUAGAAGAAAAUGGACAACUUGCUGGAUUCCUUUUCACAACGCAGGUCAUUCUUGAUCAGGUGAAAAAACCUUUUCAACUGCUUCCUGCUGUGGGGAAAGAACGCGUUUUGGAUCUCGACACAGAUGUAGAGCCACAGAUACAGAGACAUAUAUAUAUAUAUAUAUAUAAAUAUACAAAUAUAUAGCCGUCGACGUGUGUGUGUGUACGUGCGUAUGGCCAUCGACAGAGAACCGUGAGCGUUUGUGCAGGAAAACGCGUUUUAAGGUUGAAGACCUCGAAGGUAGAUUGCAUGCACGUUGCUCUCUGAAUUUUCAAGGAGGCGCGCGGGUCCUGUGUCCACAGGGCGUUUCCUUCGACUCUUUCCGGAACGCGGGAAGCCACCGGAGUGUCGUGGACGGUCGGUCGCCUGCUCUGCUUCUUCUCGACGAAGAAAUUCCUCUCUCUGAAGGCGACUUGGUUUCCUUGCGCGUCCGCCGCGUUCUGUCUGCGGUACCUGCAAGUGAACAUGGAGACGAAGGCGCCGCUCGGUCGGCCGCAGCGCAGAUCGAGGCGACAGGGAGAGAAUCAAGGGAGACAGCGGAGACAGCAGGAGCAAGACAGACCUCUGGCGAUCUAGCAGGGGAAGAGGCAGAUAACGCGGGAGGCAAGGAAGGGGAGGGAUCCUCUGUCGAGAGAAACGAAGAAAGAGGGGAAAGCGUCGAGGCCGGAAAGCAGCCAGGUGCAGAGCGAGCAUCCGAAUCGCAUUCUUCUCAGUCUCGUGUCGCAAGCCAACGCACUGCAGCUCCCUCCUCUUCUCUUAGUCUCUCUCCUUCUCCUUCUCUUUCUUCUUCUCCUUCUUUGUCGUCUCUUUCUUCUUCUUUCGGGGAGAGAAGAGAUCUCCUUCGCCCGCUGCCGCGUAUCCCUGCACCACCGGCGGCCUUCGCGUCUCUGCGCUUGUCGUACGAAGUAUCAGGAUUUGUGCUCCGAGGCUCGGAGUCUGUGUCGAGUUCUGCAGCUGGUCCUCCGGGACCUGCGGCUGCAGAGAGUUCGCUGCAGAGCUCGGGGCUCGUCGCUGAGGUCGACGAGCGUCUCCAGAGCAGCAGCGGGCAGGCGCGGGUCUUCUUCCGGGUGUCUGCGACUCUCAGGUGUCUCCACACAAAGCUGUCGGCUGCAGAUGCGGCUCUCUCUGCCGCUGGCCAGUCCGGUGUCUUUCAUGUCGCGCCAGAGGAGCUCACUCUCCCCGACGCCGCAGGGCGGUCCAGACGCGUCUCUGCGAGGCGCAGAGAAGGGGUCAGUGACCCGCUGCGAUCUCCGUUUUCUCUUGCUUCGUCUGCCUUCGCCUCCGCGGGUGUCUCUUCGGCUUCUGCGCGGUCUACGGAGGCGGCAGGGGCAACAGCAAAUGUGGGGAGAAGCGCUGGGAAGAGACGAAGGAGAGAGGAGCAGAGCGUUGGUCCUGCGGAGAGAUGCCAGAAUCAAAAGAGUGGAGUGAAGCAGCAGAAGAGCGGAGUGAAGCAGCAGAAGAGCGGAGAGAAGCAGCAGAAGAGCGGAGAGAAGCAAGAGAGUUUCGUGGCGGUUUCGCGGGGACAGGUUGCGGGCGCAAGAGAGAGAGGAGCGAAGGUGCAUGCAAACGCGCGGGAGAGAAUGCAGAGGGGUCGACGCGUGAGUGGCGAAGAGGGAGAAAAGACUUCUCGGAAGAUCUGUCGAGUUGCGAAACGAAGAUUUGUCUCAGGAGAGAAGAGAACAAAAGACGAGAGGGAAGCGAAGAUGCGUCAAGAGAAGACUGGAAACUCUGUGGCAGCUGUGCAGAAGGCGAGUCGACGGACGAGUGAGCCGACGAGACGCCGCACCGCGUGUCGACGGUUUCUUCAGCUUUGAAGUCGAGAAAGGGUGAGCGCAGUCUUAGAAACGGAGGAAAUUCCUCGUUUUCCGUUCGACGACAUGCGGCUCAUGAGGGGGGAGUUGUGUGGGCGUCUCGACAGAGGUGGAGAAUGGCUUCAGAUGGAAGGAAAGACGCUGGAAGUCGAGGAGGGAGGCGCGAGAUGGGUCCGAGAAACGGCUGUAGAGAAGGGAGACACGGUGUGUACACCCCGGAGUGACGCGAAGUCAGGAGAGAGUGCGAGGACAGAGACGCAUGUCUGCAGAAAGCAAGGGUGAGACUGAGACGAACGCAAGCAGAGCAUUCAGGGCGUUGUUACAGUGGCCAUAUCGGUAGCUCGUCUGGACGUAUACAGCAGAAACAGGUGGACGCUGUGAACAAAGGACGAACCGAAAUGGGGUGAAAGAGAGGACGGCACACUGUGGCCUCUCGGCAGAGAUGCAAAUAACGCAGGGGAAGCUCCCGUGUCGAGGAGAGCGCCAAGGUAACCGGAGGGAGGAGAGAGAAAUGCAGUGCAGAGAUCCCAGAAAACAGUGUUGUUAAGAACUCACAACGAAGCAGAGAAGAGGAAGACUUUCGCGUCAGGGUAGAACCACUUGUUUUUUGCAAGACAACUCAACCGGGAAGUGUUUUGAAGAAAACAGGGCAACGAAAAAGAGUUCUCCGCUUCAAGUGGUGGUGUGAAGGCCCAGUUCUUUGUCAUUUAGGAGAACGGAGACUGAGAAAACGCGCUUGUCCUUCUUCCCGAUCUGUUUCCUCCUUUCGAUUUCUCACCUUGUUCUUGUCGCCGCUCUUCCGCUGCCGCUGAAAGUCGUUUUGACGGAGCGUCUCUCCCGAUCUCCGCUCUGAGCCUUUUCCUGGGGUUCGCUGUUCGCUACAUAACCGCGAAACGUGUUAGCAGACUCAACGACGGCUCUCCGUUUGCGGCGGAUGAUCCGUUCGUAGGUUCUGCUUAAGAUGAGCGUUUUCUACUUGGUUUUUCGUUCCUGGCGUGCUCUUUAGAGCUGUGUGUUCGUCCGCUUUCAAUUGGGGUCCACUGUAGCUCUGCCGUGGCGUCUUUUGUUCGUUCGUUCCUUGUGUCGUUGUGCUUGUCGUCUUGGAGAGGAACGCCGCGUUGUCGCCUCGCUUGAGGUUUUUACGGACGUCACACAGUCCGAGUAGGACCGGUGAGACUCUGGAAGAGUCGAGUGUCACUCGAACACACUGCUCGUCGCGCAG